AGAGAGCUUCAACUCAGCUGUCAGAAGGGGCAGUUUGGUCUCUAUGCAAGCAGUACUCACAUUCCAAACUGCAUUAGAAAAAAGCUGCUGGGUUUUUAUGCAUUUUUUUAUCAGUUCCAGAUUAGGAGUCUGAUACUAAUUUUUUCUUAAAGCCUGUAUUUGGAGUACAGCUUAUAUUCUAAAGCAAAUCCAGGAUUGUGAUGUUUUUCUCUCACUAGCUUGCUCUUGUUUUUUGUUUCCUUUUUUUCCCCUCUCCCUGGCUUUACUCCAAGGACCUUUUCUGCUCUUUGUUACACUCUGGAGAUGAAGCACCGGAUGGUUACAGCAGUGCUGGUAGCACUGGUACAGGUUUCACAGAGUUUCCCUGCCUUGUACCACCGAGGGUGGUGGAGGCUGCUAAGGGAAGGAGAUAGUUGUGGAAAAUGUGAUUUGGCACUCUGCUCUAAGCCCAAGGACUGUCCAGCCGGGACUGUGCUAGAUCGCUGCAGCUGCUGUCUGGAAUGUGGGAACGUGGAAGGUCAGAUCUGCGACUUGGACCAGGGCAAUCAUUUUUAUGGGCAAUGUGGGGAUCACCUCGAGUGCAGGUUGGAUGCUGAUGAAGCAAAGUUUGGGGAAGUUCCUGAACCCCAGUGUGUGUGCAAAUCUCAAGAGAGCAUCUGUGGAUCUGAUGGGAAAACCUAUGAAAACAUCUGUCAGUUCAAUAAGGCUUUUGCUGCAAAAAGAAACAUCACCAUGAAACAUAAAGGGCCAUGUGAAUCAGCUCCUGUUAUUUCUACACCACCUCAGGAUGCUCAGAAUUACACUGGAAGUGAUGUCAUUUUUGGCUGUGAGGUGUUGGCCUAUCCUAUGCCACAGCUUGAAUGGAAAAAAAAGGGGAAUAAAAUAUUUCUGCCAGGAGAUGACACCCACGUCUCAGUUCAGGCAAGAGGUGGGCCUCAGAAGUAUGGUGUGACAGGCUGGCUGCAGAUUCAAGGCCUGAAAAAAUCAGAUGAAGGCAUUUAUAUUUGCCACACCAAAAAUAAACAUGGUGCAACAUAUGCCUCUGCAAGAUUGAAAGUCAUUGAUGACCCAUCUCCUGCAUUUGCACUUGCUGCUGGCAGCAGAAGCGCAAGCUACAGCAUUGAAUACGAGGAGUAUUUUGACAAUUCUGAUGAGGAGGAUGAUGAAGAAUAUGAAUCCGGGGACUACGAUAAUGGAAACAACUCUGAAUAAUAAUUUUUAUACAUCUCUUGUCCAAAUCCUUUCACACAGUUAUAUUUACCAGUAGUCUCUGUACUGUAAGUGGCUCUUCUGCUAACACACAUCUACAUAUCCACCUUCCUGAAAUGCAGCUUUGGGUGAAGUGUAUUAUGCUACUCACCAGAAAUAAGAACAGUUGUAACACCAUAUAUUUAGACUAUUAAAUA